AUGAUACUCAAAGACCACAACGUUGAAGAGCGGCAGGUUGGAUCGGAUGUCCGCCAGUCACUGCAGGAUCAGGUGGACGAAAAAGCGGCCGCAUUGCACACCGAGGAUGCCCACGAGGCAGCGGAAAGAGGUCAUGUGGCUACAGACAAAUAUGGCCAUCCCAUAGUUACCUUCGACCCCAAGGCCGAGGCACGACUGCGCUGGAAGAUUGAUCUAUACAUUGUCCCUACUGUUUCGCUCCUCUAUCUGUUCUGCUUUAUCGAUCGAGCCAAUAUCGGUAAUGCCAAACUUGCCGGCCUGGAGAAAGAACUCGGCCUCAAAGGAUACGACUACAACAUUGUUCUUUCCGUCUUCUACGUCUCAUACAUUCUCUUCGAGCUACCAGGCAAUGUGGCCUGCAAGUACUUUGGGCCAGGCUGGUUCAUUCCAGCCACGGCUCUCGGGUUCGGCAUCUGUUCGCUUGGUACUGCCUUUGUCCACAACAAGGCCGCAGCUUGUGGUGUCCGCUUCCUUCUCGGCAUCUUCGAGGCUCCAAUGCUGCCUGGUAUCGCAUAUUAUCUGUCAAGGUGGUACCGAAGAAGCGAGUUGGCCUUCCGACUGUCACUGUACAUUGUCAUGGCUCCGCUGGCCGGCGCGUUCGGAGGCCUUCUGGCAUCGGCGAUCCUCAAACUCGACCAUUUCGGAAGCCUGCACCAGUGGCGCAUGAUCUUUGCCGUCGAAGGCAUCAUCACCUGCGGCUUGGCCGUCAUUUCCUUCUUCACCCUGACAGACCGUCCAGCGACCGCACGAUGGCUGACACAAGAGGAGAAAGACCUGGCCAUUGCCCGCGUCAAGUCUGAGAGAGUGGCCACGACCGAGGUACUGGACAAGAUCGACGUGCCCAAGAUCCUCCGUGGCGUCACCUGCCCCGUCACCCUGGCUACCGCCUUCAUCUUCCUCCUCGACAACAUCACGGUCCAGGGUCUGGCAUUCUUCUUGCCCACGAUCGUCAAGACCAUCUACCCCAAGAACACGGUGGUGUCGCAACAACUGCACACCGUCCCGCCUUAUGUGGUCGGGGCCUUCUUUACGGUGCUGUUCCCGUUCUUGUCCUGGCGCUUCGACCGCCGCAACAUCUUCUUCAUCAUGUCUACACCGCUGAUGAUGAUCGGCUACAUCAUGUUCUUGGCCAGCACCAGCCCGCACGUCCGGUACGGCGCGACCUUCCUCAUCGGCGCGGGUGCCUUCUCCUACGGUGCUCUCUGCAACGCCCAGGUUUCCGCCAACGUUGUCUCCGACACCGCGCGAUCUGCCGCCAUUGGACUCAAUGUCAUGCUUGGUAACAUCGGCGGCUUAAUCUCAACUUGGUCCUUUUUGCCCUUCGACGGGCCAGACUAUCAUAUCGGGAACGGGCUGAACUUGGCCACUUCUUCCACCAUUUUGGUCUGCUCCAUCUUGUUGCACAUCUGGAUGUUGAGGGAUAACAGUGUUCGUGAAAAGAAGGACGUCGAUGCCGAGUUGGAUGGUCUGAGUAUGCGCCAGGUCCAGGAUUUGGAUUGGAAACACCCUGCUUUCCGGUGGAAGCCAUGA